UUGUUAUCCAGGGGAAAAGUGACCGUACAUGCACUGCCCCAAUUUCUAGAUUGAUGGACCACCUGAUCUAGUUUUGGAGGUGGUUCAGGCACUAUUCCGACAUUUUACUUUUUUCACAUACAAAGAAGAAGUCGAAAUAGAAAAAAGGAGAGAAAAUUUGUUGAAGUGUAGAAGGAGAGAGAAAAUUUCUAUAUAUUUAUUGCUUUUGAAGGCCGCAUAUAAUUCCCACUCAUUGUUUUUGUUGCUUAAAGCUUUUGCCGAGUUUCUGUUCUCUCUCUCACCCCAUUUCCUGGCCGGAGAUGUGGCCGGAGUCCGGCGAGGUUAACCGGAGUUGAGCUUUUCCGACUAUGGAAACCUCUGAAGAUGGAAAUAACAGGCGCCCCAACUUCCCCUUACAACUCCUCGAAAGAAAAGAAGAUGAUACAGGUCAAGUUUCUGGGUUCUUUUCCGGCAGGUCCGGGCAAAAUUCGGGCUACUUCUCGGGUGAGGUCUCGACCUCGGUUGCUGCGAGCCAGUCGGAAUCGCAGGAAACUGUGAAGAAACCGCCGGCAAAACGGGCAUCAAACAAGGAUAGACACACCAAGGUCGAAGGGAGAGGACGCCGGAUCCGCAUGCCGGCUACAUGCGCAGCGAGGGUCUUUCAGCUUACUCGAGAACUAGGGCACAAAUCGGACGGCGAGACAAUUGAGUGGUUGCUGCAGCAGGCGGAGCCUGCGGUGAUCGCAGCAACGGGGACUGGAACGAUUCCUGCAAACUUCUCCAGUCUCAAUAUAUCUCUACGGAGCUCCGCCGCUUCCUUGGCGGCGCCAGUGCUGAAAUCCUCGUAUUUCCACCCCUCCAUAACACAACAGCUGAUUGCUCGGCCCGAGCCAUGGGAUCAUGACCCGAGCCGCAGACUCAUGCUCGGAAGCAGCAUUCCAAAUUUGUCGCAGCAGACUGCGACUAACUCUUCGCAUUUGGGGUUGAGCGCACAGCAGUUAUUCUCGAAGCCGGCGUUCCAUGACUCCGAUAUCGAUGAAACGGACUCGAAGAAGAGGCGGGCCGACUUAUCCGAGCAAUCCUCGAUAGGAGGUUAUGCGUUACAGGCUCCCACUGUCAGUGCUGGCUCAGGACAGCUUCCCGCGACAUUCUGGAUGCUUGCGAGCCAGGCAUCAAGCCAGGUGGGUCAUAGUGGGCUCAUGCAGACUGAGCCCACAUGGACCUAUCCGUCCGGCCCUGGUACGCUGUAUCGAGCAGGAGGAGGGCUGCAUUUCAUGAACUUUCCCGGACCUGUGGCUCUACCUAUCGGCUCCGGCGAGGUGCUCCAAGCCCUCAAUUCCUAUGCACCCGCUAGGCACCACGGUCCAGACCCCGACCCUCCGCCACAGAGCCGCGGACACGAGCCCACUGGUCAAGACCGGUCCGAGUAGGCGGCUACCGACUCGUACGGACCAUUCACACGCGUGUCCAAGAUGAUCACAAGUGUGAGUGAAUUGUUUGACAGCUAAUCAUGAGUGGGACUCUCAAGGGUUACACUCGUGCAAUGCUCAAAGGGCAUUGGUACGCUGACUGGUGGGUGCGGGACCCGCAUACGUUUUUACCCUUUUGCUUUUGUUGAUUUGAAGGAACGGUCUGGAUUUGGAGACGAGACCGAGCCAGGAGAUCUGGGCCGUCCAUCGCGAUUGUGGGUGGUGAUUUGAAUGUGGAUUACUAUUCUUACACGUGUGAUUUGUGCAGGUGACCAUGAUUGAGUUUGAGAAAAUAUAGCCUCAUUUUUUGCUUGGGCUAGAUUCUGUUUCCCAUACUCCUCCCCUUUUACUAUUGUUUUUACUUACUAUGUUUCUUCAAAUUCCCUAUUAUUUUGAUAUUGGUUGCUCUUCAUCUUGAUCUAGGUUUCAAUUAAAAAUCUAUAAUACAACGACGAGGAUUCAAGUUUUCAAAUUUAUAUUGCAUUCACGGUGUUCUUUACAUCGCCCUAUCUUCCAUUUUCCAGCUUAUUUUUAUUGUUUUUACUGUUUUACUGUUAACAUGCAUAUUCUACUACUACUCUUUAACGUUUUUCAUUUAUUAGUAAAGUCACGCAUUUAAAGGUUUAAUAUACUUAUUCAUUAUUUUCGUAAGUACAAAAGAGGUUACAACAAUCAUUCGUAUCAAUUAAUUUGAAAUCGUAGGACGGGGUGGGGUAGAGUGUGCUUCAUUAACCAUGAUCAUGGUUCAAAGACAAAAUUUCUUAAAUUUUGUGAUACCUUCCGAGCUAUUGCAGUUGACAUCUGACGGUUGAGGGUAAUUGUACCCAUAUUCUCUCUUUUCUUUUCUUUUUAAGGUAGCUUAAUGUUUACAUACAACACUGGUUUAUGAUGUAUCAGUCCAAAGGGCUUAUCAUUGUCCAUUUUAGAUGAUGAUGGUGGAGAUUGGCCAUUCCUGGAUAAAUGUCCCCCAGUUGCUUCAAUUAAUCUUCCCUUUCUGUCG